AUGGGCGGCUUCUACAUGCAAUACCUCGAGAGUCUCUGCCGACGUCGAGGAUGGACGGACCCCAUGUACGAGUGUUACCGUGACCAUAGUGGCUUCACUUGUCUUGUUCUUGUCAACGGUCGCGAGUACCAGACAGAUCUCGCCUACGAGUCGGACGUCCUAGCCCAGGAAAACGCAGCCAUGCGUGCCUUCAUGGUGUGCCGGAACUUCUCAGUCAACGGCGGCAUGCUUGCUCGCAAUGGAAUCGUCCAAGGCCUCCCAGCCGCCGAGACUGGUCGCCGCCGAAAGAGCCGUCACACUUCCUCCCGGGACAGUGACCGUCACAGCCGACGAUCGGGGAACCACUCCAGCAGCAGUUCGACCGCCUCGUUCGACUAA